AUGCCAGGAGUCACUCCAACCAGCUCUGACGACGCAGCGCCGUCCUCCCGCGCAUCCGCAUCUGCUGGAACUGGAGCUGGAGCUGGAGCUGGAGCAGCGAGCUCCACCUCGCAAACGCAAGCUGGCUCAACAAGCACCACUACCACUACCACUACCACAACCACAACCACCCCGGCCACGCAGUCCAGCAAGUCGUCAUCAUCCGCUACCAAUGCUGCUGCCAAUGCUGCUGCUGCUGCUACCGCGGUGUCUGCGUUUGCGACGCCGGCUGAGCUCGUUCGUCACCGCGGUGGUCAGCGUGCUCUGACGCGCAUUCUGAUUGCCAACAAUGGGAUUGCUGCAGUCAAGUUCAUUCGCUCCGUUCGCCAGUUUGCAUACGAUGCGUUCGGCGGCAACGAGGCAAUGCUCGCAACCCCAGAGGACAUCAAGGCGAACGCAGAGUACAUCAAGAUGGCGGAUCAGUACGUCCCGGUUUCCGGCGGAGCACCCAACAACAACUACGCCAAUGUGGAUUUGAUUGUUGACAUUGCCGAGCGUACGGGAAAUGACGCCGUCUGGGCUGGCUGGGACCACGCUGCAGACAACCCCCGCCUCCCAGAAGCACUGGGUCGCUCGCGCACCAUCUUCAUCGGUCCCCCAGCCCACGCCAUGCGCUCUCUUGGCGACAAAAUCACAGCCACUAUUGUGGCACAGUCUGCAGGCAUUCCGACGCUGCCAUGGGGCGGCUCGUCGUUGCGUGUGCAGCUCCCGCAAAUCGCCGCUCAGCCGCAACAGCAGCGCGUGUUGAUUGCCGUCCCGGACGAGGUGUAUUCUCGGGGCACUGUCAACAGCGUUGACCAAGGCCUGUACGUAGCGAAGCGUGUCGGGUUUCCUGUCAUGAUUCGCGCAGCCGAGGGCACGAAUGGUCAAGGUGUCCGUCGGGUUGAAAAUGCUGAAGAGUUUGGCCCUGCUUUCCGUCAAGUGCAAGGCGAUGUGCCCGGAAGCGCUAUUUGCAUCAUGCAGGUGGCCAAGAAGGCUCGCAACGUCCAGAUUCUGCUGUUGGCCGAUGUUUACGGCCAAAUUGUGUCCAUUUUUGGGUGCGAUUCGUCCAUUCAGCUCCGCAACCGCAAGUUGAUCGAGGAAGCGCCUGCAUCGAUUGUCCCGCCCGAGAUUUUCACGGACAUGGAGCGUGCUGCCGUUCGCUUGUUGCGUUUGGUUGGAUGCACCAGCGCAGUCACAGUCGAGUUCCUCUACAACCCGCAAACCAAACAGUUCUUCUUUUAUGAAAUCCAACCGCAUCUGCCCGUGGAACAUCCGCUCGCCGAAAUCAUCUCGCGCACCAAUCUUCCUGCCGCCCAGCUUCAAAUCGCCAUGGGCAUUCCGCUGCACCGCAUCCCGGAAAUCCGGGUCUUGUAUGGCGAGGCGCCUCAUGGCUCGAGCACCGUUGUUUUCGAUCGCCGCGAGCGCGAAAAGGCUGCCAGCGCUGCCAUGGCUGCCAUCACGGCACAGGGAGGCAAGCCAAAAACCAUCAUUCCCAACCCGUUGCCGUACGGCCACGUGAUUUCGGCCCGCAUCCUCCAAGAAAGCAGCCGUAACGACAGCCCCACCACUGCUCACGAUCUCAGCUUCCGCUCUGCGCAUGUUUGGGGUUAUUUUUCGAGCGCGCUCGCUCACGAGUCAAACGUGGCCUCCGUUGGGCGCGAAACCUCCAGUGCGCCGUUUGCCCAAGUUUUUGCCUGGGGCGACACUCGCGAGCAAGCACGCAGACACCUUGUGGUCGCUCUGAAAGAGGCGUCUGUGCGUGGGACAUUUUCCUCUGUCGUCGAGAAUCUGGUCAAGCUGCUCGAGUCACCCAACUUUCGCGACAACGACGUUGAUGUUACUUGGCUUGAUUCUGUCAUGGCCGAGCGAUUCACGGCAGACCGGCCGGACACGCUGCUGGCUGUGCUUUGUGCCGGCCUGCAGCUCGCGGAGAGCGCCAUGAGCGAAAUGCGCGACUUGUACCUUCGAGCCAUGAAGCGCGGGCAGAUGCUCAACAAGGAAUAUCUGCGCAACUCGGUCUCUAUCGAGCUGGUCGGCGAAGAAGGCGUCUUUGUUCCCGCUGCUGGCGUUACCACUCCAUCCACUCCAAUCUCUGGAAUCUCUGGAAUCUCUGGCAUCUCUGGCGACGGUCUCGCUGCACCUUCCCUGGAUGCAAGUCUGAAUGGAAGUAGUGCCGCUGCUCCCUGUCACCAAUCUUUCGCGCUGACUGUGACGCAAACCGGAUCCGACUCUUACUUUGUGGUCAUGAACGGCGAGUGGGUGGAGGUUGUCAUGCACACCCUGCCCGACGGCACACGUCUCGUCAUCUACAAUGGCAAUAGCCACGUCACCUUACUCAAAGAGGAGGCCAACGGCUGCCGGAUUACGGUCGAUGGUCGCAGCUGCUCCUUCUUUGUACCCAAAGGCAUGGACUUGUCCGCCCUCAUGUCGUCCAACACGGUUUCGGCCUCUGCUUCGUCUGCCAUGCUGAGCGCAUGGAACGCCGCGUCCAUCUCGCCGCUCCAGUCCUCCGGCACCUCGAUUGCAGCCUCUCCAUCUCCAGCAGCAGGGGCAAUCGAUUUGCCCAAUCUGUCCGUCGACAGCCAGGGAGGUAUUUCUGUCGAAAGUGAGGGAGGCAACAAGUCCUCCAUGUUUGCGAUUGGGGACGAUGCGGCCGCUCACUCGGCAUCCAAUUCAUCCUCCUCCAAUACCGGCGGAACCACGCUGGUAGGCUCGCAGCCCCAACAACCGCAAAACAGCGGCUUGGACGAGACCGGCAUUGCCAACAAUGCCGUAAUCACGCCGUUCACGGGUUGCUUUGCGCACAACGACCUGCGAGCCGUCCACGGAGGCAAGGUGCACCAGAGCUUCCGCGCUGCACUGCGCUCGUUGUCCAACAUUAUGCUCGGCUACGACAUUCCUGAGCCGUUUGCCCGCUCGUACAUUGAUCGACACGUGCAGCGCAUGAUGUCCAGUCUGGCAAACCCGCAACUCCCGUUGCUCGAGCUGAACGAUGUCCUGUCGUCGCUCGAAGGACGCAUCCCUCCCGAAGUGGAAAGUGCGAUCGGACGCACUGUCGCCUCGUACUCUGCCGGCUACACGUCCAUGUUUUCCAUGUUCCCCGUUCAACAAAUUGCACUCGUUGUCGACAGCCACGCAGCGCACAUUCGAAACAAGACUGAACGCGAUCAUUUUUACAUGCUUGUCGAGCCCAUCAUCCAGAUUAUUCAGCGCUACCGAACAGGCUCUCGAGGCCACACAAAAGCCACCAUUCAUUCUCUGCUGCGCGCCUAUCUCGAUGUCGAAAGCAUCUUUGCCAACUAUGGCCGCAGUGACAACGAGUGCAUCUACAAGAUCAAGGAGACGACUGGCAUUGCGCAUGCGAUGGACAUGGCAUUUUCGCGUCAAAGCAAGACCAAGUACCAACUCGCAUUGGCUCUCAUGGAUCAAUUGCACCUCAAAGACUCGACUUCCAUCACGCCUGAGGACAAGGCAAUCCUGUCUCAGCUUGCUGAUCUUGUGGAUGUGGCCAACUCGCGUGUCGCCGUCCGUGCUCGCCGAAUUCUGGUGCUCACCCAUCUGCCUUCCUUUGAACGGCGUCGACUUGACAUGGAGCUCUAUCUCGAAGAUGCUGUGGACAGUAUGCAUGCAGAGGACUGCGCGCGCAAGCUGCAGGCGCUCGUAGUUCAGUCAACCUCGUGCUAUGACGUCCUGUUUGCCUUCUUUUUCCACACCAAGCCGUCCAUUCAGGCCGCCGCUCUGGAAGUCUAUGUCCGCCGCUCGUACACUGCGUUCCGAUUGAAGCGCGUCUGGAGCGAGUACCUUGACAACCGUCCCGUCGUCAAAUGGAGCUUUUUGCUGCCGUCCAAUCAUCCGCAUGCUUUAAUGUACUCUGUCCUGGGUUUGAAGCGAACGAUCGCAUCCGAUGCCGUUUCUCUGCAUGUGGACGACAAGCUGCAGCAAUCCUACCUCCGCACUGGCGUCAUGGUUGCGUUCGCGCGGUUUGGCGCGCUACUCGAGCAGUUCCCGCAUCGUCCGCCAGGAUUUGAUGCGCCGCGUGAUAUUGAAAACAACGAACCCCUGAAUGUGAUCAACAUUGCUUUGCGGUCGGUGGACCUUGGACCAGAGGGGGCCAAGCGGCUCGACGCCACGGCCACUCACUGGAUUUCCGAUGAAGAGCUGACUGAGCAGAGUGCCGCUCUGGAUCAGCAGCUGUCGGCCAUGUUUGCCUCGACUGUUCAAAGCCUCAAAAUCCUUCUGGUGGCGCAUGAUAUUCGGCGAAUUACGUUUAUUCUCAAGCUAGGUCCCACCUCGACCGAACACACUCGGUACUUUUCCUUCCGCGAGCGCCUCGAUUAUGCGGAGGAUAUCUUGUACCGCCACGUGGAGCCCGGUCUUGCAUUCCAACUGGAGCUCUUCCGUCUGUCAAACUAUCACAUCAACGUGAUUCCCACCGGAAACCUCGGUCAGCACCUCUACUUUGGUGUGGCCAAAAACGAACCCAACGACCGCCGAUUCUUCUUGCGCUCCAUCAUCCGCUCGCCAGACGUCAUCUCGGUACAGACGCCCAUUGACUUUUUCUUUUUGGAAGGCGAGCGACAAAUCAACGAGGUUCUGAACGAGCUGGAGAUUGCCUUUGUCAAUCCGCUGUACGCGAACACGGACCGCAACCACAUCUUCUUCUCGUUCCAGCCCGUUGUUGUUCUUGAUCCGAUCAAGCUGCUUCCGCGACUGCGGCUGCUGAUCUCCCGCCACGGGCGGCGACUGUGGAAGUUGCGCAUCCUUGAAGCGGAGAUGCGCUUGAACGUGAGCACUGGCCGCGGCGACGCUGCCAUGCCGAUUCGCGUCUUCAUGUCCAACACGUCAGGAUACAUGCUGUCCAUCCACAUGUACCGCGAACGCUCCGUGCCCGGCUCGGACAAGAACGUGUACGAGUCGGUUGGCCACGAAAAGGGCCCGCUGCACGGCCACGACAUCAUGACGCGCUACGUGACGAAGGAUCACCUCCAAACCAAGCGCUACCUUGCCCAAUCUCUGGGAACGACCUAUGUCUACGAUUUUCCAGACAUUUUCCAUCACGUCGUCCGAGAUUUGAACGCGAGUUUGACCAAGGCCGUGAAUAAGCGGGCCGAGACAGCCGCGGGAUCCGUGCCUGAUUUCUCCUCCCCUUACGAAGGCAGUGGUUUUGCGUCUUCGGGACCGGCCUCCCUCUCGACGACUCCCAGGCACAGCGUCAACUUGGACGGGCUGAGUGUGACCAGCUCGGUGGGAACUCCGCGAUCGGCUUCGUCGUUUGGCAGCAGCGCCUUCUCGUUGACCUCGCGCCCAUUGUCUGGCAGCUUUUCUGGCCACUUGCCAUUGUCGUCGCAGUCGAGCCGGUACGGGGAUGCAUUGGGUUCCGGCCACGGCAACAUCGCCAGCUCUGGUGGCUCAUCCGGUGACAACAGCAACGGCGGCAGCUUUGCCAUGUCGGACCCGUCCGUCUACAGCGCCUCGCCAGGCCUGGGUUCGUCUUCCUACCUCAUGACCCAAGCUGCGCCGUCCCAUGCGCAGUCGCUGCUUGCAACGGCACUCGCACACUCUGCCACUGCAUCCGCGACCCAGGCCGCUCGCGAGGCGGAGCCCUCCUCGGAGCUCUUCCAAGUGUCCGAAUUGGUGCUCAACGCCCAGGGGAACGGGCUCGAACUGGUCCAUCGCGAACCAGGUGCAAAUACCACCACGCUUGUGGCGUGGCGCAUGUUUGUUCGCACGCCAGAAUGCAUGGCACGCGGGCGUGAGCUGGUCGUUGUGGCCAACGACGUGACGCUCUUGAACGGCUCGUUUGGUCCGCGCGAGGUCCACUUUUACCAGCAGGCUGUCGAUUACGCGCGCGAACAUGGCUUGCCGUUCCUGUAUCUUGCUGCGACGUCCGGAGCACGCGUCGGUGUUGCUCAAGAAGUGAAGGACUGCUUCCGCGUUGCAUGGGUGAAGGACGGGCAACCCCAGCGUGGCUUCCGAUACAUUUACUUGACUCCCGCCGAUUACAAGCGGCUCUCUGCUGCCGGAACAACCAUGCGUGCCGUUCUGCUCGAGGAAGGCGGCGAGUUCCGCUACAAGCUCACCGACAUUGUGGGCUUGGCAGACGGCCUGGGCGUCGAGUCAUUGAGCGCCUCGCAACUCGCCUCGAUUGCGCGAGCCUACGACGACGUCUUUACCAUCACCAUGGUCACCUGCAAGGCCGUCGGGUUGGGCGCGCAGCUGGCUCGCAUGGGCCGCCGUGUUGUCCAGGUGGAUCCGCGCUCGCGGCAUCCUGGCACCCACGGUGCAUUCGUGCAGCCCGUCAACUCAUCCUCGGUGCAAAACACGCAGGCCCGCGCUGGAGACGCCAGUGCUGCCGAAGCCGAGCCAGGCGCGCGCGGAACCAUCCACGACACGUCGCUGAAGCCGGCUACCGAGGGGUCUGGAGAGAUUCUCGUCGCCACAGCCAGUGCCCUAAACACGCUCUUUGGUCGUGGCGUCUACAAUGCCGACAUGCAGCUGGGUGGCAGUGAUGUCUUGUCAAUGGCUGGCAUUGCCCACGUCGUUGUGGAAGACGACUUUUCGGGCAUCGUGGCGCUGCUCAAAUGGCUCAGCUUUGUACCGCCAGUGAUUACAGCGGCGCGCGAGCCAAUGAUUGCUCCGUGCCAUCAUGACACGAUCGAGCGCGAUGUCGAGUUCAUGCCGCCUGCACACGGACAAUACGAUCCGCGACACCUCAUUCGCGGCCGCGUUCUUCGCUCCUCCUCCACCGUAUCCGCCUCCGCUGUAGCAAACGCAGGUCUUGCUGGAACUCAGUCCGGUGGAAGCGAAUCUGGCGCCUUUGCGUCGUCGGCUGCGGCGGGCGGCAGUUUUGAGCUCCCUUACCCUCGCAACAACGGUCUGGCGGCGUCCACCCCCUCCGCAUUCUCGUCGCUUACGAGCUCGCCAAACUUCCCAUCCUUUGCAUCACCCCACGUAUUCGGCUCGAGCGUGAACUCUCCGGGCAACAACAAUGUGCUGGGCUCGCCCGCGGUCGGGUCGUCUCCGUUUGCCCCGCCGGUGAGUGGGCCGGGCGGAAUGAUGGGGCUUGGUGCGACUUCCAAACCAUCAGCCGCCGCAGACGACGCAUCCAACCCGGCUGCUGCAGGUACUGGUGCUGGGCGGUGGGAAAGCGGUCUCUUUGAUCGCGAUUCGUUUGUUGAGACGUUGGCGUCGUGGGUCAGCGGCGUGGUCGUGGGUCGAGCUCGACUUGGAGGGAUUGCUGCUGGUGUGGUGGCGGUCGACCCGCGCUCUGUUGAGGUCCACGUGCCUGCCGACCCGCUCAACCCCGCCAGUGAAAUGCAGAUGCGCAUCCGCCAUGGCCAUGUUCUCGAUAGCGCGGGCUCUCGCAAGCUGGUUGACAGCAUCCGCGACUUUGACCGUGAGCGACUGCCCCUGUUCAUCUUGGCCAAUUGGAAGGGCCUUGCCGGCUCGUUGCACGACAUUCACGAAGAAGUGCUGCGGUUUUCGUCGGCGAUCGUGGACGAGCUCCGACAGUACCACCAGCCCAUCUUUGUCUACAUUCCUCCGUAUGGCGAACUGCGCGGCACCACUUGGUCGUUGUUUGACUGCAACGUCAAUCCCAACCUCUUGCAGCUGUUUGCGGACGAGCGUUCCCGCGCGGGCGUCAACACCUCCGAUGUCACCGCUGAGAUGUGCUUCCGACGUCGCGACCUGCUGAAUGCGAUGCAGCGACUCGAUCCCGUCUACCAAGAGCUUGUCGCGCAAUUGCACGAGCUGACGGCCGAGACGAAGGCCGCAGCAGCCGCGGCUACCUCGGGACCAGUCGCCUCGUCACCCAGCCAAGGACCGCAGCAACUGCUCCGCCUGCACCAGUUGGCUCACAGCAACACCAGUCUCUCUGCCAUGCCGCCCACAAGCGACCAAGACGCCGAAGUCCAGACGCUGCUCACGCGUUUGCGACAACGAGAAGAUGAGAUUUCUCCAGCGUUUUUGGCGCUGGCCUCGGCCUUUACGGACUUGCACGACACGCCGUACCGUCUGCAGGAGAAGGCAAUGGUGACUGAUGUGAUCCAAUGGAAGUCCGCUCGUCGCUUCUUGUACUGGCGGUUGCGCCGCCGACUGAGCGAGACCCGCGUUCUUGCAGAUAUUCUCAAGGCAAAUCCGUCUCUGACCCCGUCUGGUGCAACAGCUGUGCUCGGGCGGUGGUUCCUUGAAUUCGAAGGCAGCGUGUGCAACUGGAAACAGGACAAGUUGCUGUCAGAGUGGUUUGACCGUCGACGGACGCAGCUCGAUCAGAACGUCACUCACCUGCGCGAGGCAUACGUCGACCAGAGCGUUCGCGCAAUGGUCUCGUCGGAUGGCGUCCUGAGAAGCAUGAAUUCGUCCAGCAACGCCCUCGUCCUGACCGGCGGUGGUGACGUGGACGGAAGCGGAGACGACGACACCCCAGCGUCGGUCUUGUCACCCUCGUCAUCCUUCAGUGCACUGUCGCAUGCGAACAUUGCACAUCCUGUGUCUGAAGGGCCUGUUGCCGCGGUGAUUAAUGCUGCUGCACGGUUGCUCCGCGGCGAGCUGCCUGGCGGCGGUGGUGCUGGAGGGUCCAAUACUGCUGUCGCUGGAUCUUCAGCUGCUGCUGCUGCUGCUGCUGCUGCGGCGGCGGCGGCGGCUGCGGCUGGCUCGGCCGCUGUAGGAGCUAGUUUGCUUUCUUUAGCAGGAACACCGUCUACCGAAGGAGCGAGCGCGCUCUCAAGCAGCCAUACAAGCAGUCGUCGUGCGUCCAUCCAUCUUCUUGCAACGUCCCCGCCUGCCCCACAUUUGCACGCCUCCACUUCAACGGGCUCCAUCCCUACAGGAUUUACCCAUGCAUCUGUGGCGUACUUGCAGUCUUCAGCUUCGCAUUCGCCCACGUCCACGCCGCUGAGCCACCAUUUGAGCGGGAGCAGCGAGCGGAUUGCUGCGACUGGGCACGUCAGUCCCGUUCCCACGAGUAGCGCCCUCACACGGCAGCCCUCUCACAGCAGCUUGAUGCGCAAAGUCUCGAGCCUCGCUAGCGGCGGUGCUGGCUACGCGGCGGCAGGCGACGGAGUCGCAGCCACUCCGAGCCAAAUUGCCAUGUCGGCACUCAACGCUGCAGCCGUGGCCGAUGCAUCAUCGCUUGGUUCUUCCGAUGAGCCCAGCGAGUCAGUGACGCUGCAGGCCAUUCUUGGCCUUGUCCAUCGUCUCGGCGACGAUCAACGCGAGCUGCUUCUAAACCAGCUUGCUCACGAUUCUCUUGCGCGACGCACCUACUGA